GCUUGUUCCUGGUGUCUGGCUGAGCACGUUGGCGAGGUCUAGAGACCCAGCGAGGCUUUCUUGGUUUGUGCUGCGGGGUUUUGGGAGCUGUUCUCAGUGCCCAACCCCACCACAUUCCCUGUAUUUCCCUGGCACUGCCUGGAUCAGGCAGCCGGGUCCCAAAAAGCGCAGUCGAGGCAGAGGAGCAUUUGGGACUCACUCCAGAAGGGGAGCACAUUUCCAUCUCCUGCUGCCCAGCCCAGAACGUGGCCAUGGAGGAGCAGUUCUGUGCCAUCUGCCGAGACGCAAGACCUGACACCUACGUGGUGCCCUGCGAGCACCACUUCUGUCUCCGCUGCAUCCUGCAGUGGACCUUGAGGAAAUUCACCUGCCCGCUCUGCAGGAGGCUCAUGAGUACCAUCCACUUCGCAGUGCGGGCAGAUGGCUCUCUGCCCUGUGUCAUCACGCUGCCAUCCGAGUACGAGGCAGAGAGCCACGAUACAGCCUCCCUGUGGGACGUGGCCGCCCCGCACCCAGCUCCAUCGGGCAGCCCCACCGAGCACGGAGAAGAGGAGCUCCCCGGCACGUCCCACACGGCUCCAAGGGAUGCAGACGCCGGUCCCAGCCUUACACCCGUCCCCGGGGAGGAGCACGAGCCCCAACGGGAGGCAGCAGCGGCACCUUCAGCCCAGGCCUGCAGCAGCAGCCCCCAACGGGAGGCAGCAGCGGCACCUUCAGCCCAGGCCUGCAGCAGCAGCAGCAGCAGCCCCACCGCUGCCCAGCGGGGCAGGGACGGCUUGGCCCGCAGGUCCGGCCGCCCCAGGAAGAGGAGGGCCCGCAGCUCCUGGAGCACUUCGCAACCCCGAAAGAAGCCGCCCCCGCGGCACCAUUAGCAGCAUCCAUCGUUGUUAAUAAAUAACAUUGAGAACUACACGGCUGUUCUGCCUCGGUUCUACUCGGAGCAAAACGUGCAGCACGUGGGCGCUGCCCGAAAUGGCGGCUGCUGUUCCUGGACUCGGGGCACGAGAGUUAUUCAGUGCUCUACAGCAACGUUCCCUCGGGUUCUGCUGCUGUAAGCAGAGAUCAGUGCCUGUCCCUCAUCUCUCAUGUGAGGAAGCAAUAGGACUGGUGUUGGAAUGGUGUCUCUCAAGUUCCAAUGCAGAGAACUGCUGUGGCCAGCAGCAUAA